AUGAUUAUGAUUUUGAUCCUCACUCUGCUACUCUCGAUAUUCGCCAAUCGUGCUUUAUGCGCUACCACAUUCCUGCGUCCCCCAGAAUGGAACGAUGCGGUCGACCGUAAAGCUGGCUUCGGAAAGAAUGUACGGUACACGGUUGGAAACGCGACUGAUAUUCUUUGGGAAACCGACCUCGACAAAGUUGAACUGUACUUGAUCCAAACAAUAGAAUCAACAUAUUGGGAAUAUAUAUUAGAUUCAUCUCGUACUGAGUGCAAGGCUGAGUGGGAUGUAUCAGGAAUACUGAAAGAGAAUGAAGACGCUGUGUACUACUUUGCCUUAGGCGAGGAUCCCAAUGGGCUUACGGGUCCCGACGGCCUUAUGACAUCCAUUGCUUCGACGCAAUACUUUAAUGUCACCGCCCCGAGAAUUGAGACGACGAUCGCAUCCACGUUACAGACUUCUACCACGGGACGGAGCAUGUCUUCCUCUCAUGUCGCAACGUCCGCGACGCAGCUCCUCCCAACAUCUACGGCUCCAGAUGAGAGCUCGAAUUCAGACGCUGAUCUAAAUUCCGACUCUCUGAUGUCCAAGGGCGAAACCGCGGGUGCCGCGGUUGGGGGCACCAUCGGCGGUCUAAUACUUCUUGGCGUUGUCGGAUGGUUCAUCUGGAGAAGGUUGGGACGAAGUAAAGGAAAUACGGACAUGUCAGUGGUUCCUCAGAGCCAACAAGGGCAGGUCAGCUAUUCCGAGACAAAGGCUGAGCUACCUGGUGAUAUGGCGCUGGAGGUGUAUCCUGCGGGUCUAACACCGCCCAUCAUGCAACUGAAUUGGGUGUUCCUCUUGGUAUCUUCGCUCGCCAGCCUAGCAGCCUGUAGAGACCUGGAAUUCGUUAACCCCCCGCGAUUUGACCUGCUCGAUGACGGCUUCCGAAAUUACGGCAACAACCAACGCUACAAGCAAGGCGAGAUCGUCGACGUCAUUCUUUCGGACUAUGGUGACAUGGGAGACUUGGCUGUUUGGCAGCUGAGUACUGCGGGAAAUAAGAAAGGUCGAGAAAUUCCACUGGAUGUGAUAAAGCAAUCUAAGAUCACCAAGACUGGUAACUCACGCCGCUUCAACUGGACGGCUGCGUAUGACAUCGGCCACUAUCUGCAAAACGGUGAAGACGCUGUUUAUUAUUUCGGGAUAAGGGAAAAUAGCCACGCCAAGGUAACUGUAAGAUCCGCAUUCUUCAAUGUCAGCAUGCCGGAUAGUGGGAGGCCCAAAUCCCCCGUGGCUUCGAAACCAUCCCGCAAAGAAAAGAACCGCAAGGGAAAGAAUUGCAAGAGCUGCAACAGCUGCCAGAAGUGCCAGAACCGUAAGGGAAAAAACCCCAAGGAAAAGAACCCCAAGGAGAAGAAAGCGAGUGCAAGGUCCGGAUUGACUGGCGGUCAAGUGGCAGGCAUCACCAUCGGUUCCAUCGUCACUUUUGCCCUCAUACUGUGCGGUUUCUGCUGGGGUUUCGAGCGCAUGAGAGUAGCAAAGCAGUUGCGAAAGUCACAGGAGUUUGAACUCAGAAACAUGGAACGCGACGUGCGCUCCUUGAGGGAGACGGUAGCAAAACUUGGGGCUUGA